GUAGUGGGCGCGGGGCGGCCCGCUGGGCUCCUCCGCACCCGCUCCCCGCUCGGGCCGAGGCGCCGCGGCCGCGCGCCCCUCCUGGAGGAGGAGGAGGAAGGAGGCGGGAGGAGGAGUUGCCGAGAAGAGAAGGCGAGCGCGGCAGUCGCGCCGGCGCUGGGCGAGGAAGCCGAGCCGGGCCGCCUCCGGUUCUACGGAGCGCCUUUGCUGAGCGUCACGCUGGGACACGAGCGGGUCAGUGCUGCAGGAGUGCGGUCUAGCCUAGACUCCAGCUGGGAAGAAUGUGAACACUGGCCCACACGUUAGAGAUUGUACCAAAAAGCGAGGUGCCAGGGAAAAGAAAGAAAAUGGCUCCAAAGGUUAAAUGAAGCAGGAAAAAUACAUAGAUGCAGCCUUGCAGGCUCUCCAGAUGUUUGGGGAUAAUAUUCCAGGAAGAAAUUUUGAUCCCUUGGAUUAGGUAACUAGUCAUAAUGAAGAAAAUUAGUCUUAAAACCUUCCGGAAAUCUUUUAACUUGAAUAAAAGUAAAGAAGAAACUGAUUUCAUGGUAGUACAACCACCAUCGCUAGCCGGUGACUUUGGAAAAGAUGAUUCCUUGUUUGGUAGCUGCUACGGUAAAGAUAUGGCCAGCUGCGAUAUCAACAGUGAAGAUGAAAAAGGCGGAAAAAACAGAUCAAAAAGCGAGAGCCUGAUGGGAACGCUAAAAAGGCGGCUUUCUGCAAAACAGAAAAAAGGCAAGGCAGGCACACCCUCUGGGAGCUGUGCCGACGAGGACACCUUCUCCUCCUCCUCAGCACCCAUCGUCUUUAAAGACGUGAGAGCUCAGAGGCCGAUACGGUCCACCUCCCUCCGCAGCCAUCACUACAGCCCCACGCCGUGGCCUCUUCGGCCCACAAACUCCGAGGAGACCUGCAUCAAGAUGGAGGUGAGAGUCAAGGCCUUGGUUCACUCUUCCAGCCCGAGUCCAGCCCUGAACGGCGUCCGGAAGGAUUUCCACGACCUCCAGCCUGAGACCGCGUGCCAAGAGCAAGCCAAUUCACUGAAGAGCUCGGCUUCACAGAACGGAGACCUGCAUCUUCACCUGGAUGAACAUGUGCCUGUCGUUAUUGGACUUAUGCCUCAGGACUACAUUCAGUAUACUGUGCCUUUAGAUGAGGGGAUGUAUCCUUUGGAAGGAUCACGUAGCUAUUGUCUGGACAGUUCUUCUCCCAUGGAAGUCUCUGCGGUUCCUCCUCAAGUGGGAGGGCGCUCUUUCCCGGAAGACGAGAGUCAGGUAGACCAGGACCUCGUUGUUGCCCCAGAGAUCUUUGUGGAUCAGUCGGUGAAUGGCUUGUUGAUUGGCACCACGGGAGUCAUGUUGCAGAGCCCGAGGGCGGGUCACGAUGAUGUCCCUCCACUCUCACCAUUGCUACCUCCAAUGCAGAAUAAUCAAAUCCAAAGGAACUUCAGUGGACUCCCUGGCACAGAGGCCCACGUGGCUGAAAGUAUGCGCUGUCAUUUGAAUUUUGAUCCUAACUCUGCUCCUGGGGUUGCAAGAGUUUAUGACUCAGUGCAAAGUAGUGGUCCCAUGGUUGUGACAAGCCUUACAGAGGAGCUGAAAAAACUUGCAAAACAAGGAUGGUACUGGGGACCAAUCACACGUUGGGAGGCAGAAGGGAAGCUAGCAAACGUGCCAGAUGGUUCUUUUCUUGUCCGGGACAGUUCUGACGACCGUUAUCUUUUAAGCUUGAGCUUUCGCUCCCAUGGUAAAACACUUCACACUAGAAUUGAGCACUCAAACGGUAGGUUUAGCUUUUAUGAACAGCCAGAUGUGGAAGGACACACAUCCAUAGUUGAUCUAAUUGAGCAUUCAAUCAGGGACUCUGAAAAUGGAGCUUUUUGUUAUUCAAGGUCUCGGCUGCCUGGAUCUGCAACUUACCCCGUCAGACUGACCAACCCAGUGUCCCGGUUCAUGCAGGUGCGCUCGCUGCAGUACCUGUGUCGCUUUGUUAUACGUCAGUAUACCAGGAUAGACUUAAUUCAGAAACUGCCUUUGCCAAACAAAAUGAAGGAUUAUUUACAGGAGAAGCACUACUGAAAGAUUGAGAACCCUGCAUCUUGCACUUUGGGAAUAAGGAAAAGAGAUUGAAAUACAGUUUACAGACUUUCAUUGCCAUCAAAAUCUUUUGCUGCCAUAACUAUUUGUUUUAUGUGUAAAAGAGUCAUCAGUUUGUUUAGGGGUGGGGAAGUGUCAGCAAGGUGUCUUGGGUUUCAUUUGGUUCUUUAAAAAGGGAAGUCUUGAGGUUUUAGAGGUGUGAAUUAUCUUUCAUCAAUGUGCAGAAUAAUCACAAUGUGAAUUAUCAAAUUCUCCUCAAUGCCCCCCGCCCAGUCCUUUGCUGCUAUCCACUGUGAUUUUUAUGCAUUAAAAGCACAUUUCAUGUGUAUUCAACCUUAAGUAAAGUCGAAUGAAACUUACAGAAUGGAAAUUGCUAUGUCUUUUUAAAUGGCCCAUUUUCAAAAGAUAAUGUUGAAUAAACAUACCUGUGUGAUGUGAUAAAACACAGAAUUUACGUAUACACUGAAGAUGAGUUUUUAAUUUCUUUAAAAAGAUUUAUUUAGAAUCAUGAAUUGACAUAAUCUUGGGUAAUGGAACGGAGAUCUACAACAUAUAACAACAGCAUAAUUUUUUCUAAAUUAUUUCUGAGGUUGUGCUAAGUUUUUUGGUUGUGAAAAGUUGAAUUUUUCUGUUGCCUUUAUUUUCAUCUUAUAGUUUGUCUAUUUUAAUAAAUGGCCUUACAUUAAAAAAUUGUAAAGAAAUGUAUACCACCCAUUUAGGAAUUGUUGCCUUUUCUGUAAUUAAACUCGGGUACAAAUUGGCAUAACACGAAAACCUAUGGAACUAGAAUUAUUAUUAAAGAAAUAUUAGAUGAUCAUAGUUUCCUGUGAUAGCAUUUUUGGUGCGUGUUACCUUUACUUUCUUUUGGUAAAAUGUUUUAUCUGUGAUUUCUUUAGCUUAGUCAACAUUUUCUUGGGUGAAUUUGAUUGUCAACUAAUUUUCAUAAAUGGACUGGAUUCCCUUGCAGCAUUAAUGUUUAUAAAAAGUUUUAAAUUGAUUUGAAUAGAAAGAAAACUUUGUUUUAAAGUUGGAUUUAUAUUUUUCUUCUAUGUAGUUACUAUAAAAGUGUGCUGGAUUUUGACCAUUCCUUACCCCCACUAUAAAGAGAACCCUUGAUGACUUUAAAAAUUGGGGAAAUUGUGGAGCAAUUUUUCUAACAACGUGAGAAAAACAUUAAAACCAUAUUAGAUAAUGUGAAAGUCAUAUUGUCUAUCAUAUAUACUGCCAUUUAAAAUAGGUUUUUAAAAUUUAGCUAAAUCUUCACUAAUUUGCCAUGCUAAUAAUUUUAUAUCCUUGAGUCUGUUGUUGAGGAGGGAUGUUAUAUUCAGUAAUUUUUAGUUAUUUUGAAACACAGAGUGUUUAUUCAUUUAACAGUUCUGCAAUGGAUGUAGUAUUUCGGGGUUGCCCUGUCCAGAAAAUUUUCAGUUAUACAGCUUUAAAGGAAAAUGUUUCUAUCUCAGAUGAAACAUGUAAUUUGGGAUGGUUCUUCCUUUGUCGCUUAAAGGAAGAGAUAGGAAAAGUCUCUUACCACUUUAAACAUGAGGGUAAAGGUUUAGGUCAUACUUUCUGGCUUUGUCAUUCAAACAUAUCUGAAUCCUCACUUUUUUCUCUUUGUUUUUUAGGGUCAGAACUGAGAUAUUACCAAGAAAAGGCACAAUGCCAUAGUAUUAUGGUGUUAUGGUAUUUUGACUUAAAGGGGAAAAGGUACUUAAUUUUGGUGGGAUGUUAAUUGUACCUUAUUACAAAGACUCAUUCAUUUUCUGAUAUGUUUUCUCUUAAUAAGAUGGAAUAUGGAGUAAUACUGUAAUAAUAUAAUUUAAGUGUUCAUUAUAAGCUAUUUGGAUUAAGAACUAUUACAGAGUUGUAAGCUUGUUAUCAAAUUAAUGCAAGACAUUUAAACUAUUUUUUUGCAAAACUAUUUAUUUUUAAAACAACUUAAAAUAUAUCUAGGGUGAGUUAAAAGUCCCUGUGCAUCUAUAUUAGAUGGCAGGUUUUGUCACAGAGUCACUGUGUAUUAAUAAUAGGUGUUGAAAUGGCUUCUCCGUGUCUCCAGAAGCAUUUACAUGUCCUCCUUGUGAGAUCAUGGUGCACAGAGGUCUUUGGACUGCCCUGAACCCGUCUUAUGUGGACAUAACCUAUUCCCUGUGUUUUCUCAUCAUGCCGUGUGUUUAUGAUCUACCCGUUUAGUGUCAAGAUUAUUCAGAUUUUCAUCUAAAUGUUUUUUAAAAUUGUAUUUUGUGUUUAGUGGAGGACAGUCUUGAUACUGUUCUAAUUCAGAAAGCCAAAUUUUGAUGUGCUUUUGUACAUUCAUAAUAUAUACUUUAAUAUGCCCUAUUCUAAUCUAGUUUGAAAUUGUUAGAUUCUGAUAAAGUCAGACUAUUUGCCAAAAAGUUAAAUUUGCAAGCAGAAAGACGUUUUGUGACAUUUUCUACUUUUGUGUGGAAAGAUAACCGUUUGUGGAACAGAAUGUGGAAGACUGGCUUUCUAUGAUACGAACACAGUCCGGUUAAAAGUGGAAACAGGGAAAAGAGAGAGAGAAAACUCAUCAUGUAGUUUGGUCUAGAUACAAUUUGGUUAAAUUUUAGUAUUCUAUUGGCAGGUAACUUAGAUGACAUGAACACAGCCUAUGAUUGCUUUUUAAAUACGUGCUUCUAAAAAUCUGAGCUCAAGGCAAGGAAAAGAAAACAGGAAAGCUGUAUCCAUUUGCCAUAAUAGGUGAAUCAGAAUUGUUUUCUAUUCAGUAUUUCAUCACGAAACAUGAUGGAGGCCAGAAGCUACUUUUAGGCUUACUAUAACACUAUUGUGCGUUUUUAUAAAUAAUAAGAAGGCUGUAGAAAGUACUUGAAAAAUAUCUCAUUCUUUUCUCUUUCUGUAUAAGGAAAACUCUACUUGGUGCAAUAAUCUGAAAAUUUAGAAGGUCAGAAUAUAUCACAGGAAAUGAUCAUAGAACUAAAAAUAGUUUUUAAGGAAACCAGCUACACAGGACAACCAUCUUGCUAUUGAAGAAAAUCAAGUUCCAAAAGGCUAAAUCAUUUGCGUAAAGGAAACAGAACCCAAAGUAUACGUUGUAAUUUUUGAGUCAGUAUUACUGAAACAGGAUAAAAGUUACUAAAAUCUUAUAUAGGUUAAUGCAAUGUCUCUGCUAGUGCUACAAGUCUAAAAUAUCUUUGUAACAAUGCUUUCAGAAAUGCCAAUUUUAAUUACUGUACAUUUCACAUUGUAUAUGAGAGAUACUGCUUUAUGAAUGAUUCAGAAUAAUACACUUUCAUUUAAAUCUUAAUUGCUUUUCAUCAAACGUGAAGUCUUAAUUUCAAAAUGAAAUCACACUACCAGCAAUAGACAGUUUUGUUAAAUACUUUAAUAAGGAGCAAUAGCCAGUUCCGCAAAUAACUUUAAAAUUCUAAAAGUGUUGGUACACUAGCAAUCACAAAUUUGGUUUCUUUUAAUACUUUUUUAAUCCUGUAAAGAAGGUUUUUUAUAAACAUUCUUUUUAUUAAUGAAUCAUAACAUGGCAAAGUGUGUAGUUGCUGUUUCUGAAAAGUGAUCCAAACUCUACAUCCAGAGAUUAUGAAAAAUUCUUAUAGAAUUUUGUAGUAAGUAUACAUGUUGGGUUAAAGAAAUUUCAUAGUUGUUGGAGUGCCAUGAAAUUAAUACUUGCAAUUCAGAUUGCUGUAGUUUACACUUUUUCUGUAUGUUUCAAAUCAGGUGUGUACCAUUUGUACUGAGAACACCACAGAAUGAAUUAUCCAAAGUCCAUUGAUUUUAAUAUGUGUUUUGGUUUGUAAACAAAUUAUAGUAAUUUCUUGCACAUUUUUGGAAAUUAAUUGUAUAAGAAUUUAUGUAUCUGCUUCUAGAUACAGUGUGUAAAUAAAAAUUUUGUUCACAAGA